CCGCUCCGCCUCCAAGCCCCCCCUCCAACUGACGGCUGCUCAGCAGGCGAGGAUCGCCGCCGACAGAGCCGUCGCCAGGACCCGCCAAGAGGCGCGAGCGCAGGAGCGCGCUCGAAGCGAGCAUCAGUCUCGCGCCCCAUGGACCGCCCCAGGAGGUAGCCUGCGUCACGAGCAGGAGGCGGAGGAGGAGGAGCCGAAGCAUCCGGACGAGGGGGAGGCGGAGGAGGGCGACCUGGUGAGGUUCGCGCCGCCACCCGAACCAACCAAAGGAGGAAGAGAUGCACCGCGCGCUCGAUGCAGAGGGGGCGAAGGGGCCAGAGCCGCGGCGCCCUCUCCGCCUCGCCGCGGCCUCCGAGGCCCACUUGGCGCCUGGGCCACAGCCAGUACGGCGGCCAAACAGCACAGUCCUGCCCUAAAUGUGCGCCCUCGCCGGACCAAACUGCCCGAAACGCGGGGGCGGCAAAGCUCGGCGACUCCGGAGGGUCUGGUCUGCAACCGGCCGGGGGGCGGGCGGGGACCUCGCUGGAGCUCUCCGCCGCGCCCCGAGGAGGCGCGACGAGGACAAUGUCGUGCCCCCCCCAGGCCCCAAUGGCACCGAUCGCAAACCACACCCCGACGUUUUGGAGUCGCCAGAAACCUUGGCGCACGAGCGCCCGCCACCCCCGGCCUGCCUGCGCGGAGCGGCCCCGGGAGGGAGCGCGCCUCGCCGCCAGGGGCCCCGGAGUCUGCUGCCGCCGAGUGCCCCGAGCGGAGGCGGAGGCGAGGGAGGCGACGACCAGGAGCAGCGAGGGGCACCUAUACCCCCCUAUCGUUGCCUACGACGGGAGCGUGGGCACGAAAAAAAGCCCCCAUGGCACUGCACUGCGGCGAGCAGCAACUGCCCCAGACCUGACCUUCCAAAGGCAGAUGGGCGCGAACGAAGGCUACGAAUCUGUCGCGCGCGGCUUCGCGCGCGGAUGCGUCAGGGCUGUCUGCAGACCUGCGCUGGGGCGUGGCCCGCGCGCCCCGCUUUGGGGGCACGGGCUGUGCCCCGCCGAGGGCGCUGUGCACCACGCGACCCCAAUCCCAACCCUGUGGACAGC